AUGGCCGCCAGCACAGUGUCGCCUAUAGCGACCUCGAAUCCCUCGACAACCAUGAAUCCCACCACGACAGAGCAUGACUUUCGCUUCCCGCGAAGGCCCUUUGAAUCGGCCCCCGAAUCGGCCCAGACGAGUAAGAGGAAUACCGACGAGAGCAGUCCUGGUGACUUGCGCAUACAUGAGCUUAACUUAGAUUUUACAAAACCAGAUACCCGCCCGGCAGCAUUCGAUUUUCUACAAUCCUCGAUUUCCCCGAGUCUUCAGAAUGGUAUAUCCGGAAACAACGAGAGCUUAGAGCAGCUGCAGCGAGACGAUCCGCUCGCAACGCAAGUUUGGAAGUUCUUUCGCAACACGAAGCAGAGCUUGCCCAACCAGGAGCGCAUGGAAAAUUUAACGUGGCGCAUGAUGCACUUGAGUCUACAGAAAAUACAGCAGGAACUUGCUCGUCGCACCGCUUCUUACGAGACCGGCAACACUGCGACGAACAUUGCCAAUGCUCCCAGUGGCAUCGCACAACUUCGAAAGACGUCGGAUCAAAACGUACAUACGGAUCCCAUGAAUCUUGACGACUUUAUAUUUUCCGAGAGCGUCUCGACUCCGGCCGGAUUCACGGCAACGCCUUCGCCGGAUGCGUGCAAACAAGAGGAGAAGACGGCUCACACCACGGCCGCUGCUAUCCCUAUCAAAUCUCGCAAAACACCCUCGCAGCAGCAUUUUGUCCCCCAGUCGGUUCCUGUCCCUGCUCAUCAGAGAAGCCAGGAUGAGUUUGCCUACGUCACUCGGCACCAUCGAAAAACCAGCAUUGACGAGAGACGAACUCGAAACUUGAAGCGUCCUGCUAACUUUUCCCCUCACGUCUCUGCCCUUAACAGCAAUAACUAUGUCUCUAACGAGAUGGACGCCGAUUCUGAUCUCCACGAAUACUCCUUAGACAAUUCUCAUACAAACGGCAACACCCACGUACCUCACCAUCCAGGGGUUCCCUUUCCUCUCGACACCUUCCCCAUGGAGAACGACCCUAUCAUUACUUCAGCAGGACCUUUCCAGCCGGGAUUUUCCUUCUCGCCAUCGUCAUCGCCAAUGGUUCCUCAUGGCCCCUUUUCAAACUUCUAUAACCCUCAUGGUGUUGCAUCCAACUCAGUCAAUGGCGCAGACUACUAUUCCCCGCCGGGUUCCGCGUAUCAGUCGGCUGUUUCUACACCGCAUCCAAUGGUAGAAAAUGAGAACUUAUUUUUCGGCUCGAUGGAUAUGCGCCAUCAACGAGCACCAAACUUCCGUCCAGGACCGGCCGGGUCUAUGAGGGGUCAAAUGAACCAGCAAUUUAUGCAUCAACAUAACGGCAACUCUAUGUUUCCACCAACCACUACCGGAGCAGAUUCUUCUGCCUCGUUUACGCAAACCCUUAAUUUCGGUCAUGUCGAUCCAAGCCAAGUCUUCCAGCCAGACCCCCCAGUUCGUUCCCCAGGUGUUGGCAUGGCACAUGAGAAUAUGUUUAACUUCGGUGCUGAUUCGGAUAACGAAGAUGAGGAGGGCGGUGCGUUCGCUGAUCGUAACAUGGGUAUCAAAUUUUCACCUGAACACGAAUCGGGGAUGGACAUGGGCAAUCAAAAUUCUAUGGGAUGGGAUGCUUCUUUGCCUGGGCAGUUCAGCACGCAAGCAGCUCGUUAUCCUGGUGGACCGCCUCGAAAGCAAGUCACUAUCGGAGGCACGACAACAGAUUAUUUAGAAUCGGGUGAUUGGGACGGCCAAGGCAGCCUACCGCGGUCCCAGUCGUUUCGAUCGGCCAGCGACAGGCGUCAGAAGAUCCCUCGUACAGCUUCGACGCCAAACGCCAACAUGGGUGGCCGUGGGAAUCCGUUUGACAAAUUGGCUCAGUCGAACCCGAAUUCUCCGCCAGCAGACGUGUCAGGUAAUGUCUCGGGCUUCUCUUCCGUAGCACCUAGUCGACCUACUUCCCCGCCUGGUUCUAAACACGGCUCCACGAGCAACCUGCAAGCUGCCGCGGGAGGGCAGGGAGAUGGAAAUACACCUACUACCUGUACUAAUUGUUUUACACAAACUACGCCGCUGUGGCGUCGAAACCCAGAAGGCCAGCCUCUGUGCAACGCUUGCGGUCUAUUUUUGAAGCUCCACGGUGUCGUAAGGCCUCUAAGUCUAAAGACCGACGUUAUUAAGAAACGUAACCGCGGAUCCGGUGCGAGCCUUCCCGUUGGCGGAACGAGCACGAGAUCUAAGAAGAAUACUGGCAACGCGGCGGGGACCGCCUCUGGACCCGCCUCGCGAAAGAAUUCGACUUUGGCUAUGUCUGCCACGAACAGCGCAACGCAGGUGACUACGCCACCAUCGGUGACCAACAGAGCCGGCAGCGUCAACGAGGGCGAAAGUCCUGCAAGCGGCGCUGGCGGUUCCGGUGGUAACACGGCAGGAAGUACGCCAACUAGUUAUGCGGGUUCUGCUACUGGUGCGGUGGGCGGUAAAGGCGUCGUGCCAAUUGCAGCAGCUCCACCAAAGAAUGCACCAGGACCGGGUGCCGCCUCACUCCCGCGAAAUAUCGGCGCCAGCGGUUCUUCCAAGCGUCAACGCCGUAGUAGUAAAAGCACUGGGCCAAACGAGUCAUCUAACGGCAUGGAUGUCGAUAGCCCUGAGAAUUCGACUGGCUCGAAUGAAGCAGCUCGUUCCAUUAGUUCUUCGAGCGGAUUCACCAGCAUGUCCAAUCCAGGAAACCUGGGCCUUGCCAACGGUUUUGGCAUGUCUCAAAGACCUAUGAUGGGACACAGCAUGACCGGAAUGUCCGGGGGUUCUACUGGUGUAAUGAACUCCGGGUCUGGAAACGGCCCUCAGGAAUGGGAGUGGUUGACCAUGAGUCUCUAA